CAGCGGUCUGCGGCCUGUGACAGAGGCGGCGGCUCCUGAGACUCGCCAGAUGUAGGUAUUACUAUUGCCCAGGUGGAGUGCAGAGCCGAGGAGGAGAGGAGGGCAGGAGGGUGAGCGAGCGAGGACCAUGUGCAUACUGAUCCUUCCUCCUCACCCCGCAGAGGCUGAUGGAUGGCGAGGAGGUGCAGGAACGCCCGGAGCCCGGUCCACAGACCCGCCAGUGGGUGCCAAAGGGAGCAGGAGGCACCCGUUCGCCAGCGGGGGGAGAGGGAGGAGCAGGGGGCCGCAGUGGCCCCCGUCGGCGCUGCCGGCCCGACCAGCGCGGUUUCAUCUGCUCUGACUGCGGCAAGACCUUCGAGCACUCAUGCCACUUUGAGCGCCACCUGCGGGUGCACACGGGCGAGCGGCCCUUCAAGUGCCCCACCUGCGACAAGGACUUCAACCACAAGUCAAACCUGGUGCGCCACGAGCGCACGCACACCGGCGAGCGGCCCUUCCGCUGCCAGACAUGCGGAAAGGAGUUCAGCCAGCCCUCCAAUCUGGUCAAACACCAGCUCACCCACACCGGCGAGAAGCCCUUCGGCUGCCAGACCUGCGGACGCGCCUUCAGCAGGCUUUCCAACCUCGCCACCCACCAGCGCACCCACACCGGAGAGCGGCCCUUCCGCUGCCCCGUCUGUGCCAAGGAUUUCAGCCAGUCCUCCAUCCUGCGGCGUCACCAGCGCAUCCAUACCCGUGACAAGCCCUUCCACUGCCCGCUGUUUGCCGGCGGCCGGGCGGGGCGCGGGGCCCUGACGCUCAGAGGGUCUGAGGGCGACAGUGUUGCAGAUGAGCAGCUGAUCUCGCCAGACGAGGACCUGGACCCUGUGCAGUGCCAGGAACCUGAGCCCUCAGAUUCUGAGGAGCCAGAGCCAGCCGAGCUCUUUAUCUGCUCCGACUGUGGUAAAAGCUUCAAGACCAUGGCCCUCCUCGAGCAGCACCAGAUCGAGCACUUGGGCGAGGCGCCGGUGCCCAGCGCUGACCGCAGACCACAUUCCCGCCUCUGGACGCCAGAGCCGCCCCACCUCCCAGAGGGGCCCCUCGCCUCAGUCGAUGAGGCAGGCAGCGACUGGGGAAGAGGCGGCGACGGAGCGGCUAGGAACCGAGUAGCGGCGGAACGGGGCCUGAGGCAGAGCCCACCCCAUCCUUCCCCACCACCCACAAACUGCAGACCCCCAGCUGAACAAGGAGACGCUGGGCAGAUGGAGGAAGACCUGGCGGCCAUGAAAAAGGAAGAGGAAGAAGAAGAGGAGGAGGAAGAAGAGGAGGGCUGGGAAUUGGAGGACACGAUUUCCCCACGGCCCAGGAGGGCGGUGUCACGCCGGCUGAGAGAGGGAGGGGUUGUGCCAGCUGGCAAGCGGCCUCGCCCCUCCACCCAGCCCUCGGACAUCCUCAGUCACCGGGCUAGCCUUGCUGAUGCUGGCCGGGAGGAGGGAAAGCAGGAGGAGGAGGUAGCAGACACUCCCCACCGCUGCCCUGUCUGUGGCCAGGCCUUUGGCACACCGGCCCAGCUACUGGUACACCGUAGCAGUCACACCAGCGACCGGCCUUUUCUCUGUGAUGUCUGCCAAGAGGCCUUUGCCCAGCCCUCGGAGCUGGCUGCACACCGGCGAACCCAUGCCGGUGAGCGUCCAUACCAGUGCCCCGUCUGCCACCGCCGCUUCGCCUACGGGUCCUCGCUGGCCAUGCACCGGCAGGCCCAUGACGGCGAGCGGCCUUACCGCUGCGCUGCCUGCGGCAAGUCAUUCCCCACCUCGGCCAAGCUGCUGCAUCACCGACGGCAGAGCCACGAGCCACAUCCUGCUCCCCCUCCCUCCUCCUCCCCCUCUCCUUCACCCUCACCUACCCCUUCGCCCUCCUCCCGCCGCCCCCUCUGCCACAGCCCAGACUCGCUAUCCCGGAGCCACCAGUGUCCGACCUGUGGCCGCUCCUUUGCCCAGUCCUCAGACGCCCUCAAACAUCGGCGCACCCACACUGGCGAGAGGCCCUUUGGGUGCGAGCUGUGCCCACGUUCCUUCAGCCAGCUGUCCACCCUGCUCAACCACCAGCGCAUCCACCUGGGUGAGAAGCCGCAUCGCUGCCAGGCCUGCGGCCGCUCCUUCACCCAGCUGUCCACACUGCUAAACCACCGGCGCACCCACACCGGCGAGCGUCCCUUCCGCUGCCAGUCCUGCGGCCGGGCCUUCGCCCAGUCCUCCAGCCUGCUGAACCACCGGCGCACCCACACCGGUGAGCGUCCCUUCCGCUGCCCCAUCUGCGCCAGGGCCUUUGCCACCUCCUCCUCUCUCGCUGUACACCAGCGCUCUCAUCUCUGAGGGCCAGGGCAGGAGCGGUGGUGAUGGGGCUCCACUCUCUCCCCUCACCCCACCCCAUCAAGAAAUAACCAGCUACCCUGUCCUCACUUUUCUCCCCCCCCCCCAUAGUCCAUGAGGAAGAGUGUGGGGUAAGUCUGUUAUUCCCCCUUGUUGGAGCCUGGUGGAAGUUGGGGAGAUUUUGGUGGUGAUGGGUCUGGAACCCAGCGAAGAUGUGGGAUCCCAUCCAGAGAGCAACAGAACUCAUGGUCCAACAUGUUAAAUGGGAUGUCUUUUCUCUCUUCUUCUGUCUCUUUCUCUCUAUCUCUCUCCCCCUCCCUCCUAACCCCCCCCCCCCGCCCUGGCUUGUAUGAGGAGAAAGAUGCCCUGAAUAAAAACGUGGGGAAAAGAACAAAACUGGCGUUUGGAGGGGGUGUUGAUUUUAACAUAAAUUGGCUCUUUGGCCCACAAUAUCUGUACUGACCACAAUGCCAUUUUAACCAAUCCAAUGCGCCUGCACGUGAUCCAUCUCCCUCCUUUCCCUGCCUCUUAGUGAGUCCAUCUAUCAUAUCUGCUUCAAGCACCUCCCACACACUGACCACUGUGUAAAAAAAAUCUGCCCCACCAUCUCCUCUGAACUUGCCCCAUAUCGCACCUUCCACCAUGUGUCUGUCUAAAGGCCUCUUGACUGCCUCUAUCAGAUCUGCUUCCCUCACCAGCACAUUCCACACACCUACCAGUGACCGUGUAAAACUAUGAAUUUCCUCACACUUCUCCUCAUCACACCUUAGAGCUAUGCUCUGGUAUUUGUCACUUCUACCUAAUGACAAAUGAAAAGAUGCUCUCUAUCCUGUUCUGUGCUUUACAUUGAGCACUACACCACACAAACAUACCUUUGGCCCAUCUAGUCCAUGCCAAACUAUUAAUCUGCCUAGUCCCAUUGACCUACACUCAGAUCAUGAACUAUAUUGUAAACUUUGAUAUGUUUGCUUAGUUUCUGAUAAUCCAGAAAAAACAACCAAGUUUCUCCACAUAACUUACUCUCCAAUUCAGUCAGAUCCAGGUGCACCUUCUCUAAAGCUCCCACAUCCUUCCUGUAAUGAGGCAACCAGAACUGAACACGACACUCCAAGUGUGGUCUAACCAGAGUUUUAUAGAGCUGCAACAUUACCUUGCAGCUCUCGAAAUGAAGGCCAGUGCACCAUAUGCUGCCUUAACCACCCUAUCACCUUGCACGCAACUAUGAUUCUUCUAUGAUGUGGACGCCAAGAUCCCCCUGUUCCUCCACACUGUGAAGAAUCCUGCCAUUAAUCCUGUACUCUGCCUUCAAAUUUGACCUUACAGAGUGAAUCACUUCACACUUUUUCAGAUUGAACUGUCUUUGCCACUUCUCAGUUCAGCUCUGUAUCCCAUCCUGUUGUAACCCUCAAAGCUUUCUACACUGUCCACAAUGACACUAAUCUCUGUGAUAUCCCCCACCAUUUCCACACGGUCCACAGUGUGACCAAACUCUGAUAUCCCCACCACUUCUACACUGUCCACAAUGUCACCAGUCUCUGUGAUAUCCCCACCAUCUCUACACUGUCCACAAUGACACUAAUCUCUGUGAUAUCCCCCACCAUUUCCACACUGUCCACAAUGUGACCAAACUCUGAUAUCCCCACCACUUCUACACUGUCCACAGUGUGACCAAGCUCUGAUAUCCCCACCACUUCUACACUGUCCACAAUGUCACCAGUCUCUGUGAUAUCCCCACCAUCUCUACACUGUCCAUAGUGUGACCAAACUCUGAUAACCCCCACCACUUCUACACGGUCCACAAUGUCACCAAACUCUGAUAUCCCCCACCACUUCUACACGGUCCACAAUGUGACCAAACUCUGUGAUAUCCCCACCACUUCUACACGGUCCACAAUGUCACCAGUCUCUGUGAUAUUCCCACCAUUUCUACACGGUCCACAAUGUGACCAAACUGUGAUAUCCCCACCAUUUCUACACUGUCCACAGUGUCACCAAACUCUGAUAACCCCCACCACUUCUACACUGCCCACAGUGUGACCAGUCUCUGUGAUAACCCCCACCACUUCUACACGGUCCACAAUGUCACCAAACUCUGAUAUCCCCACCACUUCUACACUGUCAACAAUAUCACCAAACUCUGAUAUCCCCCACUAUUUCUACACUGUCCACAAUGUGACCAAACUCUGUGAUAUCCCCACCACUUCUACACGGUCCACAAUGUCACCAGUCUCUGUGAUAUUCCCACCAUUUCUACACGGUCCACAAUGUGACCAAACUGUGAUAUCCCCACCAUUUCUACACUGUCCACAGUGUCACCAAACUCUGAUAACCCCCACCACUUCUACACUGCCCACAGUGUGACCAGUCUCUGUGAUAACCCCCACCACUUCUACACGGUCCACAAUGUCACCAAACUCUGAUAACCCCCACCACUUCUACACGGUCCACAAUGUGACCAAACUCUGAUAUCCCCACCACUUCUACACUGUCAACAAUAUCACCAAACUCUGAUAUCCCCCACUAUUUCUACACUGUCCACAAUGUGUCCAAACUCUGAUAUCCUCACCAUUUCUACACUGUCUACUGUGUCACUAAACUCUGAUAUCCCCACCACUUCUGCACUGUCCACAAUGUGACCAAACUCUGAUAUCCCCACCAUUUCUACACUGUCUGCUGUGCCACCAGCCUCUGAUAUCCCCACCAUUUCUACACUGUCCACUGUGUCACCAAACUCUGAUAUCCCCACCACUUUGCCACACUAUUCCCAUUCAGUUUGUAUACAACCCCUCCAAAGCCUCAUUGCACCAUCUUCCCAGGUAUGAGCUUGAACUUUCUUUCCAGCGUAUUGGAGAUGCCAACCUUGACCACUCUUGGCAUUCGGACUUUCCUCUUCCUUGAGUCCUGGUUCCACCGUCUGUUGGGUCAAGAAGUCGAGAGCUGUGUCAUCGAGCAAAAGAAUCACAGAGACAGCAUCAGAAACUGCAGCAUCUGUGGAGAGAACCCGUCCAAUAAUGCAGAGCUGACUGCCUUUCAUUGCGGCCAAGCACAGUGUACUGAGAAGGGGUUGGAGUGUAGAGGGGAGAAAAGAAUGUGCCAGUGAAGAUACAUUGUACAGGAUUUGGGAUGUCACUUUGCAGUUCUAUAAAAUGCUGGUGAGACCCCACUUGGAGUAUUGUGUUCAGUUCUGGUCACCCCGCUGUAGGAAAGAUGCCAUUGAGCUGGAAAGAGUGUAGAGGAGAUUUGGGAGGAUUUGCGAAACUAAGUAUGGAGAGAGAUUGAAGGUUAGGAAUGGAGGUUGACAGGGUGGUGAAGAAGGUGUUUGUCAAGCUGGCCUUUAUCAGGGCACUGAGUACAGGAGUUGGAACAUUAUGUUACAGGUGUUGGUGAGGCUGCACUUGGAGUAUUAAGUUGUGGUCACCCUGCUGAAGGAGAGAGUGCAAAGAUGAUUUACGAGGAUGUUGCCAGGACUCAAGGAUCUGAGUUAAAGGAGAGAUUGGCCUGACUAGGUCUUUAUUUCUUGGAACACACGGAGAAUGAGGGAAGACCUUAUAGCUUUUAAAAUUAUUGGAGGGGAGGGGGGAAUAAUUUUUUCCACAGGAUAGGUUUAGGAUCAUUGAAAGGGACCUGAUGGGUAAUCUUUUCAUGCCAAGGAUAGCAAGCAUGUGGAACUAGCUGCUAGAAGUAGUAGUUGAGACAGGUAUGUUUAACAUUUAAAAAGAUUAAUGGGACCCCUGCUCUUUGUGAUUUUUUUUAAAUAGAUUAUUUGGAGGAGGUAGUAGAAGGGUGGGUUAGUAAGUUUGCAGAUGACGCAAAUGGCGGUGUUGAGAGUAUAAAACGGGCUCCCAACCUGGACCUCUUGCUUAAUAUUAUUGGUCCAGGGUAUAAAAAAGGUUGGGAACCCUGGUUGUCAUGAGUUACAAUGGGACAUUGAGAGGAUGUAGAGCUGGUCUAAGAAGUGGCAAAUGCAGUUCAAUCUGGAAAAGUGUGAAGUGAUUCACUGGAAGGUCAAACGUAAAGGCAGAAUACAGGGUUAAUGGAAGGAUUCUUAACAGUGUGGAGGAACAGAGGGAUCAUUGGGGUCCAUGUCCAUUGACCCCCACCAAAGUAGCUGCACAAGUUGAUAGGGUGGUUAAGAAAGUGUGUCUUCAUUUGUUGGGAGAUUGAGAUCAAGAGCCACUAGUAAUGUUGCAGCUCUAUGAAACUGGUUGGACCACACUUGGAAUAUUGUGUUCAGUUCUGGUCACCUCAUCAUAGGAAGGGUGUGAGCUUUAGCGUGGGUGCACUGGAGAUUUACUGGGAUGCUGCCUGGACUAGAGAGUAUGGCUUAUGAAAGAAGGUCCAUCGAGCCAUGGCUUUUCUCUUUGGAGAGGAGGAUGAGAAGUGACUUGAUAGAGGUGUACAAGAUAAGAGGCAUCGAUCGAGUGGAUCGCCAUUCACUUUUAAGGUGAUUGGAGAAAAGUAUAGGGAGGGAUAUGUCAGAGGUAGUUUUCUUACACAGACAGAGAUUUCAACUUCCUUAAUACAAGCUGGGACCUUCUUAGUGCAAGGGGAAGAAUUUGUUAAAUGUAUCCAGGAAAGUUUCUUAAAUCAAUAUGUGGAUGGUCCAACGAGAGGAGGGGCUGUACUGGACCUGGUGGGUAAUGAGCCUGGCCAGGUGACAACCUUACAGUGACCACAACACCUUUACUUUCUUGUGGAAGAGUUUCAAAUUGGAGUAGGGCAAAUUACAAGGGUGUUAGGCAGGAACUAGGAAGUGUUUAUUGGGAACACUGUUUCUCGGGCAAGCCCACUUCAGACAUGUGAAGGGUGUUUAAAGAUCAGACAAGUAAGUUCCUGUUAGAAGGAAGGGCAGGGAUGGAAAGAUGAGAGAACCUCGGGUGUCCUGAGAGGUGAUGAAUUUAGUCAAGAAGAAAAAGGAAAAGUAUGUAAAGCUUCGGAAGUUAUCAAAUGAAGCAUUAAGGUGGAUAAGUUCCCAGUGUCAGUGUCCUGAGUGACCUGGUGUCCUGAUGGGAUUUACCCCAGGUUAUUGAAGGAGGCAAAAGGUGAGAUUGCUGGGCCCUUGACCAGUAUCUGCAUGUCCUUUCUAGCCACAGGCAAGGUCCCCGGGGACUGGCGAGUGGCUAAUGUUGUAUCUCUAUUUAAGAAGGAAGCAAAGAAAAAUUCUGGAAACUAUAGACAAGUGAGUCUUAUGUCAGUUAUAGGGAAACUACUGGAGAAAAUCCCAAGGUUAGGAUAAAUGAGCAUUUGGAAACUCAUGACCUAAUUAGAGAGAGCCGGUGGUGCCUUACCAACUUAAUUUUUGACAAGGUAAUGAGAGAGAUUGGUUAGGGUAGGGCAGUGAAUGUUGUCUACAUGGAUUUUAUUAAGAUGUUUGACGAAGUCCCUCAUAGCAGGCUAAUCCAGAAGAUUGAGGUGUGUGGGAGUCCAUGGUGAAUUGGCUGUUUGGAUUCAGAACUGGCUUGCGCAUAGAAGACAGAUGAUAGUGAUUGAAGGGCCUGAUUCAAGCUGGAGAUCUGUAAUUAGUGGUGUUCCACAAGGAUCUGGUAUCUCAGCAGGGCAGGCAGCAUCUAUGGAACACAGUAUAGUCGACUUUUCGGGACUGAUGAAGUAAAGAGCUGGGAAGUUGAUUGAUGAGAGAUACAAUGCUGGAGAAGGGGGAGUCCGAUUAGAGAGAACAGAAGACCAUGGAAGAAAGAAAAGGGGGGAAGGACCACCAGGGGGCCCAUCAUCUCCCUCUUCCCAGCUCUUUACUUCAUCCCUCCUCCUAGUUUCACCUAUAACCUUGUAUUUCUCUCUCCCCUCUCACACUCUUCAUCUUUUUUUCUCCAGCCCUGCUGUAGGGGCUCGGCAUAAAAUGUUGACUGUACUUUUUUCCAUAGAUGUUGCCUGGCCUGCUGAGUUCCUAUUGCAGUUUGAGUGUAUUGCUUAGAUUUUCAGCGUCUGCGGAUUUUCUCUUGUUUGUGCUGGGACCUCUGCUGUUUGUGAUGUACAGUGUGCUAGAAAGUUUGUGAACCCUGUAGAAUCUUCUAUUUCUGCAUAAAUAUUGUAUGAUGUAAAAUGUGAUCGGAUCUUCACAUGUCCUAAAACUAGAUAAAGAUAACCUAAUUAAAUAAAUAACACAAAUA